CGACGAUACAAACGUCAGUUGUUUGUCACAUCAUAGGAGGUCGUAUCGUAAAUAAAUAAUAAUUAAUUUUACAAAAACAAAUUAGAAAGUGUUUGUGGUGUGUUAUUAAUCUUAAAAAUGAGUCUGCACAAAGCAAGAAUAAAAGCAUUUGAAGAAAUCUUAGAUCAAGAUGUAAUUGAUAUGGAUCAGUUAAGGAAGCUGGCCUUCAAUGGGAUACCGGACGAAAAGGGCUUACGGUCCCUCACGUGGAAGAUCCUGCUCCACUACCUGCCGAAUGAGAAGAGAGCCAGGGAGGAAACGCUAGUUAAGAAACGGCAGCUUUAUAAACAGUUUAUAAACGAAAUAAUCGUCUCCCCCGGCGGGCCAAGUGACCACCCCCUGAACAUAAGCCCGGAGAGUUCCUGGAGCACUUACUUCAAAGACAACGAGGUGCUACUGCAAAUAGACAAAGAUGUCCGCAGACUUUGUCCAGACAUAUCGUUCUUCCAGUCCGCUACAGAGUUCCCAUGUCCAGAGAUUGUUAACAGUAAUGGUGUCAAAAGGCUGCAUAAAAGAGUUGAACAAUCAAUGCUCUCAUAUUCUACGUUGGAGAGAAGAGGUCUGGGCGUAGCGAAGUUGAGCAACGAAAUCCGUCGUACCGACAGCCUGUCGAGCGGUGACUACGCCCCCCUAAAUGAGGGCUGCGAAGCCCACUGGGAGGUGGUGGAACGGAUGCUGUUCCUCUACGCUAAGCUGAACCCUGGACAGAGUUACGUUCAGGGCAUGAACGAGAUCAUAGGACCAAUAUAUCACACGUUCGCGGUCGACGCUGACAAGGAGUUUAGACAGCACGCCGAGGCCGACUGUUUCUUCUGCUUCACGAACCUGAUGGCGGAAAUAAGGGACUUCUUCAUCAGAACCCUGGACGAGACGGAGAGCGGCAUCAACUACAUGAUGGUCAAGCUGAGCGACUGCGUGAAACGGAACGACGCCGCAGUAUGGGGGCGGAUGGAGGCGCAGGAGUUGAGGCCGCAGUACUACAGCUUCAGGUGGCUGACAUUGCUUCUGUCGCAAGAGUUCUCUUUGCCCGACGUGGAACGAAUCUGGGACUCCCUGUUCGCAGACCCGCAGAGAUUCGACUUCCUCAUCUAUAUUUGUUGUGCCAUGAUAUUAUUGGUGAGAGAUAACCUACUUAGCGGUGAUUUCGCAUCAAACGUCAAGUUACUACAAAACUUCCCGCCGAUGGACGUAUCCUUAAUAUUGAACAAAGCUGUCAAAAUAUCAGGCAGAGACAGGUAAAAUAACAAUACCUACCGCCGAGUUUGUACAAUUUUUGUAUAAAAGGUUUAAUAUGUGACCGAUAAAUAUGUCAAACCAAUGAAAUUUUUUGGUACAGAUUGUCAUAAUGACGUAAAGAAUUUUUUUUUUUGGUUAAAAUAUAAUUUCCAUACAAAAUUGAUAUGUUAUAAGGACAUAUAACAUAAGCUUUUACUUUUUAUGUUGUGUUAACAAUAUUUCCUAAUUUAUUUCCUAUCUAUCUAUAUUAUAUUAUAUAUAGAUAGAUAGGAAAUAAAUUAAAUGUAUUACCUGACAAGGUAUGCAAAGACAAAAGUCGUUAUUUUUUAAUUUCACUUACGUUUUGUUGCAUGCUUGAUUUGUAAGCGCGGUAUUUUCAUUUAUUUUUUAAGUAUAUUUUGAAUUAUAUUUUAAAAAAAUUAUUGAAGUAAAGCUUAGUAUCUAUUACUGAACCAGAUAUUUGUGUGGACCUUAUUAUACACGACUUAAUGUAUUUGUAAGCAUUUAUUGACAUAUGUAACUGUCUAAUUCGUAUAAUUGUGCAAUAUUCAGUAAAUGAGUCACAUCGGACUUGAAUAUAGAGAGUUUUUGAAACACAUCGAGUCGAAUCGGUUGACGGAACUUUAUAUUUAUACAUAAUAUAUAAUACUCUUUCGUUAACAUAUGAAGUUCCAUAUAAGACGCACUAAAAGAGGAUUUCCCAACAUUCCCGCGGGAACGGGAAUAAACACGAUAUUUUGUUUACGCGCAGGCGUUCUCUAUUUAAAAUAUUAAAACCGAUGUGAAUCAUUUACCGUAGAAUAUUAACGUUUUAAAUGAUCUUCCUGUAAUGUUUUUGUAACAUUUUUUAAAUGUUUAUAGAAUCCUAAAUGUGACCUUAAUCUUUAUAAAAUGUGUGGGUAUAGCAUCACAAUAUAUUAUGUACUCUUCUUUUUAAAUUUAAGAGCUAACUCUUGUCGGUGGAAUUAAUUGGAGCUUACUCCAUUCAUCUCUUUUCUCUAUUAUUUUUCUCUAAAGAAUUAUAAAAUAAAUAGUUAAAAUUAAUAUGUACUCUACUCUUGCAAAAUUGUUAUGAAACUUUCUCCCGAUAUACAAAUAUCAAUUAACAAUUUGUAAUGUAUGUAUAUGUAAUAAAUUCGACUUGUAUACUAUAUCUAAAUGUAAAAAUCAGAAUUUUCUAACCUUUAUUAUACCUACCUAGUAAUGUUAUAGAUGUAAAGUUUGUUAUUUUUAUUGAUUAAGGUUUAAACCUUAUUGGUGUUAAACCGAGCUACUGAACCGAUUAUGAGAAUCAUUUCAACGUUAAAAAGGUACUUUAUCUGCGGGUGUUAUAAGCCUAUGUAUCUACCGCAGGCGAAGCCGUGACAGUUUGCUAGUACUGUUGUUAUAGAUCCUUUACUUAUUUUUACAUACUUUUAGACAUUUAUUAAGUUUUUGUCUUAAAGAAAUUUCAUCAAAACAUAGUAGGUAGUUUUACAUGACAAUCCAAUUUUCGAAUAUUUUAUUUUUUAAGUUGAUGUUAAUAUAAUUAGCGGCCAUAUCAUUUAUUUUUUUCAUAACACAGUUUUUUUUAAUAAUGUAUUACUCGAUAAUAUUUAAUUUGGAAUCAAUUAACGAAUAUAUUCGUUUAUUUACCUACGUCAUUAUUUUUUUGGAUGAUAACAAAUGGUCUUACUGUAAGAAAAAACAUCGUGAGGACAGCACAUUCAGAUAACUUCAGUCCAAUACAAUAUUGGUUGGGUUCCUCUGUCAACAGGGUCAUGGAGGUCAGAGGAAAGUAUCUAUGGCUCACGGUCUAUUUUUAUAUUAAUUCAAUUUGUAAUAGACGGACUCGCCAUUAAACAUUAAUAUCUUAGUAAACUAUUCGUAAAUUUUUAGUAAUAAGUUACACUUAUAGAAUACCACGACGUUACCCAUCUUUUCCACAUGCCUUAUUGGUAAAAUAAUAACGGCCUAAAGUUAACUUUAAGACUGUGGGUCUACAAAAUAAAGAGCACAUCCUACGCAGAAUAGACAAAUAUAGUGUGAAAAUUAGUACAUAAUUUUGCUAUAGCCUUGUCUAUAAAUCCAGCGGGCUAGUAUGACGAGCGCGACGGAUAAACUAUUGCUGUCUCGUUUCACGUCAUAAUUAGAAGCGAAACGGCGAUAGUCCAUCGCAGCGCCUACGCAGCGCGUGUCAUUCUAGCCCGCUGGGAGGGCUCAUUUUGACUUCAUUCUGAACCAAUACAUUUUAGAUAUGUUCACUUGACAUGAUUGAAUAUUUUUAGAGAAACUAUUAUAAAUGUGUUUUCUAUGUCAGUCAAAAUUUCCCAAAUUGUAAAAUAGUGUGUCGCUUUCCAUUUGGUUAAACGGAAUGGAAAAUUAUAUUCGACCGUAAACAAAUAAUUUUCUGUAUUAAAUUCCAAUCGAUGUCUUCAAAUGUUUGAUGAAUGUACCUUGUCAAUGUACAUUUAGUUUACCAUGUAGAUAAUUUUUUUUUUAUUUUUAUGAUUAUUGUUA